GUUGUCCAAAACAUAAAAAGGAAAGCCUCCAUGAGAAUGACCCGGAUGGUAUGAUAAACAUUGCGAAAGAAGGUUGCGAAAUUACUUUAUAUCUUUCCUAAUUAAAAAUGGGGAACAUACAUACGGUCGGACCUAACAACGCUCUUGUAAUUUCUGGUGGUUGUUGUGGUGGUCAAGGUAGGAAGUAUAUUAUAGGAGGAUGGGGAUGGGCUUGGUGGCUUGUCACAGAUACACAGAGUAUAUCUUUAGAGGUGAUGACCUUGAACCCUGUGUCUGAGCAUGUUGAGACAUCAGAGGGUGUACCAGUUACUGUUACAGGUGUCUGUCAAGUAAAGAUAAUGAGAGAGCAUGAUUUAUUAAAAACAGCAUGUGAACAAUUUCUGGGAAAAACACCACAUCAUAUUGAAUCAGUUAUUUUACAAACCCUGGAAGGUCAUCUUCGUGCCAUUUUAGGUACUCUAAGUGUAGAGGCAAUUUAUCAAGACAGAGAUCAGUUUGCUCAGCUUGUUAGAGAGGUGGCCUCCCCUGAUGUUGGUAAAAUGGGUAUCGAGAUUCUCAGUUUCACUAUUAAAGAUAUUUAUGAUGAUGUGGAAUAUUUGUCAUCACUGGGUCGUGCCCAGACAGCCAAUGUAAAGCGUGAUGCUGAUAUUGGUGUAGCUGAAGCAAACAGAGAUGCUGGUAUUCGAGAGGCAGAAUGUGAAAAGAGUAGAAUGGAUACUAAAUAUGAAGCUGAUACAAGAGUUGCUGAUGCUACAAGAGCAUUCCAAAUGCAGAAGGCUUCUUUUGAUAUUGAAGUUAAUACAAAGCAAGCUGAGGCAGAAUUGGCUUAUCGACUUCAAGCAGCUAAAGAAAAACAGAGAAUUCGAGCUGAAGAAAUCGAAAUUGAGGUUGUAGAGCGCCGAAAACAAAUUGAUGUAGAAGAAAAAGAAAUCUUAAGAAAAGAAAAAGAAUUAAUAGCUACUGUGAAACGCCCAGCUGAAGCUCAGGCCUACAAGAUGGGAAUGAUAGCGGAGGGUCAAAGAACACAGACAGUAGAAGCAGCUAGAGCAGAUGCUGAGAAAACCAGAUUGAUAGGAGGAGCCGAGGCAGCAGCUAUAGAGGCUGUAGGUAAAGCUGAAGCUGAGAAAAUGAGAUUAAAGGCUGCAGCUUACAAACAAUAUGGUGAAGCUGCCAUGUUACAACAAGUCCUUGAAACACUACCUAAGAUUGCUGCCGAAGUUUCAGCACCUCUAUCUAAAACAGAUGAGAUUGUAUUGUUGGGUGAUGAUCGUGCUACAUCAGAAGUGAGUCGAUUGGUCAGUCAGUUACCUCCAGCAGUGCAGGCAUUAACUGGUGUCGAUCUGUCCAAGGUUUUAACAAAGAUUCCUGGAGCUCAUUAAGAUGAUAAGUUGAAUAAAUAAUUGCAUGUACAUCACAUAAUGAUAAUGUGACUAUUGUGUAGACAGCCCAGUAUUUCAUGUGUUUUUCUAUUAGAGAUAAAUUGUGUAUACUGUUGUUCUUAUCAUUUACAUUCAAAAAUUAGUCAUAUUCAAUUUUUUUUUUUAAAUAAAAAUCAUUGUCAAUAGUGUAACUGUCAGCAUUUGGAGAAAACAUUAUUAUAUUAAGUCUUACUUGAUUCUUUUUUUUAACCUGUAUGGUAGACAGUGUUCAAAUUAGUUGUACAAAAGCAUAAUUUUAUUUUUUAAUUCUAUAUGGUUUAUCAAUUUGAGAUUGGUUAAUGUUGUUAUGUAAAAUGGCCUUAAUUUGGGUUAUAUACUACCUCCAAUGAAUUCAGAGGCUAAACUGUUUUUGCUAUUAAAAAGAAGAUAACAAUGUAUAAAGUAAAUAGAACACCAAUCCACAAAAAUCAUUCAAAAUUUUACUGAUUUAUUAUUAUAUACUCAAUAUAUGCAUUUUGUUCUGUAAUUUAUUUGUCAUUUUGUCUUAAAAAAAAUUCAAAAUGAAAUGCUCAAUUUAUUUGGAGUAUGGUUUUUAUAUGCCCACAUUUAUUGACAUAUAUUGUCAUCACCUGUGUCCACUGUCUGUCAAACUCUUCCAAAUCAAAUUACAAACUUUUUUAAUUAUAAAUUUGGACGUUUUUCACAAAAUUGAUCUUUCUGUUCACAUAUUUACAUUAUAAACAUUACCGUGAAAUAUUACAUGUUUCGGACACAGUUUUACUCUGUUUUUACCACCUAGAAAAUUAAGAUUAAAUUUUUAUAUAAAAUUCUGAAACAGGGUUCUUUUAAACUUUAAUUUUUAAAAAAAAUAUAUUCUUGCCGUUUUCUCAGUCUGUUUUCUUAAUUAUAUAUGCUCAGAACUACAUGUAAUUGUGUUAUUGAAAUCCUUAUGCAGCUACUGUAAAAAUUAAUUAAUUAUUUAUUGCUAAUGAUUUUAAAAGAUCAAAAUGUAUUUAACACAAUAUUGUGUUUCUAUAAAACAAAAUAUAGUCAAUUAGUAAUUGAGUGAGUAGAAUUUAGCUUUAAAUGGUUUUUUUUGUCGUCAUCAUUUAUCUCAUUGUAGACAUCAUUUCAUUUUUUACACUGAUAUGAAACUGCAUGUAGAUAAUUAGAAAAUCCUAAAUAAUAUUUUAACAAUUUUUACUACUAUAUACUUGUAUCCUGUAUAAACACACAAUAUUUAAUUUAUAUAAUUUUUAUCUUAAUUACAUGAGAUUGAUUCAAUCUUAUUACUAAACAUUAUUUGUUAGGGUAAAUAUAUUCAAGAGGUUUAUCUGUGCUGCCUUUUUUUAGUAGAUCCUAUUAUCAUUUAAUCAGGACAUUGCUUUCAAAUGGCAUUAACAUCAUUGCUAAAAGGAAUCCUCCAGACUCAUCACAAUUUCUUUGGGUAGUAUUGUAAGGUUUGGAACUCUGAAUAUAUAUUGCUGUUACUCACCUGGUUAAUCAAUGUGGUUACAAUAAGUUAUUGACAGGUGUUAGCAAGGUAAGCUUUUGUAACUGUUUAAUGACUGUACAGAUUCAAUAAAUUAAACACAAGAGCUCUAUGAAAACAAUAUGAUGUGUUUAACUUAAUGUGUUCAAUUGCUAAAUACUGUUUAAACAGUAGACUAUAUGUUCCAUAAAAUUUACUUUUAUAAUCAACAGGAAAAGAUCUGAAUUGUAAUGUGUUAAAAGACAAUUAUAAAACAAUAGCAGGGAAGGAAUCCUACUGAAUGAAUAUGUAACAUACAUUCUCUACCGAAAUAUUUUUAUGUUCACUGCUGGCAAUAAAAUCUCUUUUAAAUCCUAUGUCAUAUAUUUUUUCCUGCUUUAACUAUUAUUGUAGUAAUAAUUCUCCCACAGCUGACAAGAUAGAUCCAGUAUCGAUCGUAUUCAGAUUUACAAGAAAAUGGCUUCCAAUUCACUGUCACAUUCAAUUGUUUUAAUUUGAAUAUGAAAAUGUUUUAACUAAAACUAGGAAGAGAGGUUUUACAUAGGCUAAGCAUGUUCCCCAAUCCCAUUCAGACAACCUAAAAAAAAUAUUGUUUAAAACAAACAAACAAAAACUAAAACUUUUAAUAUUAACCAAUGAAAUAGUAAAUUGUUUGAUAUUUAUAAGUGAAUUGUAUCAUCCUAACUAUCAGUUUAUAAAUGUACUAUAACCUCAUAUUCUUAUAUUAUAAAUGUUGUAUAUUAUAAAAUUCAGUAUUUCUACAAUUUCUAUAAUUCAUUUAAAUUCAUGAAUUUUUAUUAUGUUUUUUUUUCUCAACAUUUUAGGUUUGUUAUGUUAUACUUUAAUAACCUAUUAAAAAAUCAUAAUAAAACAUAA